CCCAUAUGCGCGGUUCGCGGCGCAGCGCUGCCGCGAAGGAGCUCUAGGCAAAGCCAAGCCCCCGCCUCCUGCCCCGGGGAGCUGCUGGAGGGGCCAUGGCGGGGGUGGCGGGCACCGAGCUGCCCGUCGGCAACGUCAGCGGCAAUGAAAGCGCCGCUGACCCCACAGUGUCUCGGGACGUGUGGAUGGUGGGCAUGGGGAUCAUCAUGUCGGUGAUUGUCCUGGCCAUCGUCUUCGGCAACGUGCUGGUGAUCACUGCCAUCGCCCGGUUCCAGCGCCUGCAAACUGUUACCAACUAUUUCAUCACCUCGCUGGCCUGUGCUGACCUGGUGAUGGGGCUGACUGUGGUGCCCUUUGGUGCCAGCCACAUCAUCAUGGAGAUGUGGACGUUUGGGAACUUCUGGUGUGAGUUCUGGACGUCCUUGGAUGUGCUCUGCGUCACGGCCAGCAUUGAGACUCUCUGUGUCAUUGCUGUGGACCGGUACUUCGCCAUCACCUCUCCUUUCAAGUACCAGAGCUUGCUGACCAAGAGCAAGGCACGUGUGGUCAUCCUUGUGGUGUGGGUGGUCUCAGUCCUCACCUCCUUCUUGCCUAUCCAAAUGCACUGGUACCGGGCAGACAGCACUGAAGCUAUCCAGUGCUACGAGAAGGACACAUGCUGUGACUUUUUCACCAACCAAGCCUAUGCCAUUGCCUCCUCCAUCAUCUCCUUCUAUCUGCCACUUGUGGUCAUGGUAUUUGUGUACGCCAGGGUCUUCCAGGUGGCCAAGAAGCAGUUGCAGAAGAUAGACAGGAGUGAGGGGAGAUUUCACACCCAGAACAAGGAGCAGGAUCAGAAAGGGGGAGCUGGGCAUCGUCGUUCCUCCAAGUUCUUCUUGAAGGAGCACAAGGCCCUCAAGACCUUGGGCAUCAUCAUGGGCACCUUCACACUGUGCUGGCUGCCCUUCUUUAUUGUCAAUAUUGUGCAUGUCAUCCAGGACGACAUCAUACCCAAGUAUGUGUACAUCCUCUUGAACUGGUUAGGAUAUGUCAAUUCUGCCUUCAACCCUUUGAUCUACUGCCGGAGCCCGGAUUUCAGGUAUGCCUUCCAGGAGCUCCUGUGCCUCCGCAGGUCCGCUCUGAAGAUGUAUGCCAAUGGCUACUCAAACAGCAACGGCAAAAGUGACUACAAUGAGGAAGACAACGGCUACCCCCUGGCAGCGGACAAAACCUGCGAGCUGCUCUGCGAAGAGGGUUCCUUCCCUCACCCCGAGGGCUUUUUGCACUGCAAAGAGAUCCCUGGAUGUCCAGGAAUGGUUGAGAGCUGAAUGGGCUGACUUCUCUUCCUCACCAUCCUGAGCUCACAAGGGCUCUGAAGUGAUUGAGUGGGAGCAUGGCCUUACUUCUCUGAGCCUGGGGAUGCUGUGGGAAGUGAUUGCCUCGGCAAACAUCUUCAUCCCAACCCAUAGCCCAUUGUGCAUCACCUGAAGGAGAAGCUGAUGAAGGAUAACCAGAGGACCAGGAAAGGCUCUCCUAGCCUUGGAGGACGCAGAUGGGGGACCGACCGGCACUGAGAGAGGCACUUUGACGGCGUGACUGCUUAUGAAAUAGGCUCUGAAAGGAAGCUACAGGAGCCCUGUGAACUGAAGGAGGUGAUUGUCCAAGUCACCAUGAAAGGUGCAGAAGGGUUUCCCUGGCACAGCAUCCUUGGAAAGCACUUUCAAAAGGGAAGAGGGUACCAGGACCAUGUGGCCAUCUACAUUGACUGGUUUGGAAAAAGCAAGGUCACUGCCUUACAGUCAGGUCAGGAGACCAGCAGGAUGUGCUCCAGCUGCCUGUGCACGUGCUGUCUGGGGCUCCAGAUGAAGCAGCAAUCUGACCAAGACUGAGAGAAGGAGAGUGGAAAAUUGCUUUGGCUUAUUCUGUGCUUGUUUCUCCUUCUGGUGUCUCCUGUCUACCUCUUUUUCUCUCUAGGCCCAUGUGUACUACAUGUGUGGCCCAGACCCUCACAAACAAGCAGAAGUAUUAGGACAGGGCAAAUCCUGCCCAGUGCAUGGCUGUGUUGCUCAGGGCAGUGCUGUUGCUAGAUGGGACUGACAUGGGACAGUGCAGACUUAGCAUGGCCUUGGUUUGCUCCUUAUGGCAACAGAUCUGCAGCUGUAAUGCCUGGACUUCAGACUUGAGAAAGGUUUGAACCUGGCAAUCCAUUUACUUGCAAGCAGUCACAUGCUAGCACAGCCAGCCACACUUGGGAGCUGAGUUUUAGCACCUGAGUCCCAAAACAUUAGGGAGCAUCCAUCCCUCUCCUGUAGGUGUGGAAAUGAGCAUGUCACAGGCUGCACACUUGGCUCCUGCAUCUUGGACUGUAAAAAAAUUCACUAAGCAGAGAGAGAUACAGAGAUGAGGGAAAUGACAGAGACUUGGGCAGAAAACAGUAGGCAAAACUGGUUGAAAACCAUAGGAAAAUGUGCCCCUCUUAAUUGCCCAUGGUGUCCUAGCACCAGACUGUCACACCCAGCUGGGUGGCUGCAGGUCUCUGCUCACCAAGCUGCUCCCAGAGGCCUGGGCAAAACCUACUGGUACUGAACUGUGCCGGGAGCCCCAUCUCAGACCUUCUCCCUUGGGCUUCCAGCUGCAAACCUCUUCCCUGAUGUGCAAUCCUAUUUAUUUAUUUAUUUUCUUGCUGCAUGAUGCAAAGCUGCUAACAGAGCACCCUCCCCAGGGAGAAGGGAGCUGGGGAAUGUGUGCUGUGUCCCUGACAGGAAUGGGCCAAGGGGCAGGGUUGUGCUGGAGCCGGCCGCAGGCGUAUGCCCGGGAUGGGUUUGUGGGGCAGGAGGAAAGGGCUGCAGUUAAAGCAGAGAUGCUUCCCCUGGGGUGGGUGUGCACUUUUGACUUGUCAAGAAUUAGGAACAGUCUGGGUGAACCCUUGCUGGGAAGGACAGCAGGACAGCUGUAAGCUGGAUGAGCUCUGCAGUGCCCCUCUAGCCAGGUUUUCUCUGUGCAGCUGCUGCUGGUGCAGGGGAUGUGCCUCUGUGGAGUUGCUUGCCCUGAUCCUGUCCCUGCAACGCUCCCAGCUGUGAUGAAGCAAACUUGCAAUGUGUACAUCCUGGCUUUGGACACUUACAGGCAGCCCUAUCCCCUGCCAGGGCAGGGUCCUGCCAGCAUGCUCACAGGGGUUUAAUACCUGGCAGCCUUUUCUGCUCUGUCCAAAGAGAGAAUGCAUGUGCAGACCGAUUUAAGGCAGCCACUUGGAGAGCAGCAG